AAGCAUCCUUAUGCUGUAUGUUACUUUCCCAGAUAUUUUUCCAGAAAACUUGCCACAUGGACUGCCAUCGGAAUGCCCCCAAGACCAUCGGAUUGAACUGGAACUUAGCACACUGCCAGCUGUACGGACACAGUGGUGGCUGACGCAACCCGAGCUCCAAGAACUGCGGGACCAGCUGGAUUAUCUGUUGGCAAAAGGGUUCGUUCAUUCCAGCACGUUCCCGUUCGCCGCCCCGAUCCUGUUCACACUGAAAAAAGGCGGGGGUUUUCGAAUGUGCAUUGAUUAUUGCGCCCUUAAUCGGGUUACGAUAAAAUCUCGCUACCCAAUCCCGCGUGCGGACGAAUUGAUUGACUAGUUGCGAGGCGCUCGCUAUUUUUCGA